AUGAUUCCUUACUUACACCUCUCUAAGCUCAUAGCAACAAAAGGCCAUACCGUUUCCUUCAUCUCCACGCCUCGUAACAUCUCCCGUCUUCCCAAAACACCCUCCUCCUCCGACAACAACCUUUCCAUAAACUUUGUUUCCUUACCAUUACCUCUUGUCGACAACCUCCCGAACAACGCUGAGGCCAUCACUGAUGUCCCAGAGACUCACAUCGGUUACCUCAAGAAAGCCUUCGAUGGUCUUUCAAAACCUUUCUCAAAGUUCUUAGAAACUUCCAAACCGGACUGGAUAGUGUAUGACAUCUUGCACUAUUGGGUCCCUCCUAUCGCUGAGAAGCUCAGCGUGAGACGUGCCAUCUUCUGCACGUUCACUGCAUCUUCCAUCAUCAUCAUAAACGGACCAUCAUCGACAAUGAUACAAGGUCGUGAUCCACGCAAGACUGUGGAAGAUCUAAUCGCGCCUCCACCAUGGGUCCCGUUUGAGACCAACAUAGUUUACCGUCCCUUUGAGGCUAAGAGGAUCAUGGAGUAUCCAACGGCAGAACCGGAGUGGAUACAGUUGCUUAGUAAGAUCCAGGGAAAGCCUGUGAUUCCAAUAGCUUUACUUCCAGCUACAACAACGGAUGAUAUGGAAGAUGAUGAUGAUGAUGAUGAUAAGACAUGGCUAGAGAUUAGAGGAUGGUUAGAUAGACAGCGAGCUAAGUCUGUGGUUUAUGUAGCUUUAGGAACUGAAGUGACAGUUAGUGACAAAGAGAUCCAAGGUUUAGGUAAUGGGUUGGAGCUUUGCGGGUUACCUUUCUUUAGGACACUAAGGAAAGCUUCUGUGUUUCUUCCUGAUGAAUUUGAAGAGUGA